AGAAAUUAAACCAGGAAUAACCGAUGCAGAACCCUUGCCUCAACCAUACCCCAGUAUUUCCUGACACAGAUUUUUGCUGACAGUCCAUCCUAACUAAAGAAUGGGGUUCAACCUGACAUUUACAAAAUUACCAGCCGAGAGUAAGCUAUAAUUGGCCAAGUCAGCGGUGACACUCAACCUAUUAUCUCGUGGUUUCUGACAAGUUCCUGGUUUUCAUCUGCUCUUGAAGACAAACAAGAACUCUGUGUGUAACAGCCUUAAUUGGGAGCCCACAGUGAGACCUUCUGAAAUGAGAGCUGUCCACUUGCAGAGGAAGCUCUAGAGGCAGGAUCAUCUGUAAAGAAAUACUUUGGCCACUUCAAGAUGACAAGCAUUCACUAAAAAUUACUUCAUUGAAAAGAAACUUCAUACAAAAAAUUUUUAAAGCACACUGGCUGAGGAGGGGCUGUAUCCCCAGAACUGGAACCCCUGGGAGCAGACAGCAUACCCCUGUGAGACUGGCUCUUAGACUAAGCUGCAUCUGACCACCAGGGAACAAGAAAAAUUAAUUACUAGACACAGAAUCUCUCACAGUGGAUGUUAAAAAUAGAAAAUGUGGGCCCUUUGCUUUUCAUCUAAAACAUGAAAAAAGCCACAGAAGACCUGCAACUGCAAAGUAGCAAAUGAGGGUAAACGAGCAUGAUCAGACCAGGCCGCUCCUUCAGAAGUUACAAAAUGUUGAAUUCCACCACCUCUCAGCCUCCUGCGGAGUCCUGCUCACAAAACCCCGUCAUAACACAGCAAAUCAUUCCUGUGCUUUACCUGCUGGUCUUCAUCGCGGGUGUGCUGCUCAACGGCGUGUCGGCGUGGGUCUUCUGCUACGUGCCCAGCUCCAAGAGCUUCAUCGUCUAUCUCAAGAACAUUGUGGCUGCUGACUUCCUGAUGAGCCUGACCUUCCCCUUCAAGAUCCUCAGCGACUCGGGCCUGGGCCCCUGGCAGCUGGGCGUGUUUGUAUGCCGGGUGUCGGCCGUGCUCUUCUAUGUCAACAUGUACGUCGGCAUCAUGUUCUUUGGGCUUAUCAGCUUCGACAGAUAUUACAAAAUCGUGAAGCCUCUCCUGACUUCUUUCAUCCAGUCAGUGACUUACAGCAAACUCCUGGCAGUGACGGUGUGGCUGCUGAUGCUCCUGCUCGCUAUCCCCAACAUUAUCCUGACCAACCAGAGUGCUAAGGACAGCACACAUGUGAAAUGCAUGGAGCUUAAAAACCAACUGGGACUCAAGUGGCACAGGGCAUCAAACUACAUCUUCGUGGGCAUCUUCUGGAUUGUGUUCCUUCUGCUAAUCAUUUUCUACACUGCCAUCACGAGGAAAAUCUUCAAGUCCCACAUGAAGUCCCGAAAGAAUUCCAUUUCCGUCAAGAGGAAAUCCAGCCGCAAUAUAUUCAGCAUCAUGCUGGUAUUUUUUGUCUGCUUUGUACCUUACCACAUUGCCAGAAUCUCCUACACACAGAGCCAAACAGGAGCCCCUUUCAGCUGCCAGUCCAAGGAAAUCUUGUACUAUGUGAAAGAAUUCACUCUGAUACUGUCAGCAGCAAAUGUGUGCUUAGACCCCAUUAUUUAUUUCUUUCUAUGCCAGCCAUUUAGAGAAAUCUUGUGUAAGAAAUUGCACAUCCCACUAAAAGCUCAGCAUGACCCAGAAACUUCCAAAACCAGGAGGGGAAAUAUGAUGCACGAAAGCACAGAUACGCUGUGAUUUCCCACCUUUCAAAUGAGGUCCCUGUGUGCGUGUUGUAGCUUUCAUUUACACAAUGAGAGGAGUAAAUGGGGGAAGGCCGUGAUAGUAAGCAUCGUCACUGAGCAUUACUCUCCAAUUAGUAUAAUAAUUAAAAUGUAAGUUUCCAUGCUUUUGUGUAACAUCAAAGAAAAAGUAAUACAUACAUAUUUCAAUCAUACCAAAAUAGAAGGUUUAAAUUAAACACUCAUCUGGUCAGUUAAUAUAGAAUUUUAAGCAGCAAUAAGAAAAUAGACAGCAAUCAAGACAAUUCUCAGGGGUGUCUUUCCUCUCUAAAUGCAAUAAUUAAGUUAGUAAGUUAUGGGCAGUUUUUUCAACAGGAUCAUCAAGACCAACUUAAAGGCAGGCAACAGCUAAAGGCCUGUUGUAGUGAGGGAGUCAAGCUGUCUGAUUUGAAGGAGAAAAAGGAGACACCCACUGAUCUAUCUCAUGGCAUUUUAAAGGAAAGUAGAUAUAAAUUAUGUACUUUGCAAUAAAAAAUGUAAUUUUUUCUGAUAGUAUUUUGAGGAUGAUAUAAAUACAUUUUUAAUAACGUCCUCUGCAGAGAUUGGUUAAGCCACUUCAUGAGCCUGGUGUUCCAGUGUUAGAGUAUUUUUAAAAGUGGGCUCAAGCCCGGGCUGGUUUGGCUCAAUGGAUAGAGUGUUGGCUUGUGGACUGAAGGGUCCCGGGUUUGAUUCUGGUCAAAGGCACAUGCCCAGUUUACAGGCUCAAUCCCCAGUAGGGGCUGUGCAGGAGGCAGCCGGUCAAUGAUUCUUUCUCAUCAUUGAUGUCUGUCUCUCUGUCUUUCUCUCUCUCUCUCUCUCUCUCUCUCUCUCUCUCUCUCUCUCUCUCUACCUCUCUGAAACCAAUAUAUACAUAUAUAUAAAAUAUAUUAAAAAAAAAAAAGUGGGCUGGACCAAGGGAAGCUAGAUAUGGGCACGUGUUGCGACGACUUCUCCUGUUCAUGGCAGGGACAAAAACAGGAUGCCUGGGAGAAAGACACUCUCUCUCUCUCUCUCUCAGGCUGGCCACAUACAUUCUUCCCUGGGGAGGGGGAAACAACUUUCUUAGAAAGCAACUGGACUAUAAAAAAAAAUUAUCUAAAAUGUAUAAUAAUGAGUGACAAGUUAUUCAUAAAAUGAAAACUUACACAUCACAUUUUAUGAAAAUAAUGAAUUAAAAUGGGCUAUGGUUGCUGGCUUAUGACUUAUGAAAACAAUCUUUCUUUGCUAUUAACCAGCUGGAAGACAUUCAGCCCAUCUUUCCAAUGUUCUUUUCAAACAUUUUUAUAAGUCAUGUUUAUA